UGGGCGCCGGGAGCGGGCGGGCGAGCGAGCGGGCGGCCGGCACAGUGUGCGCGCCGAGCGGGCGAGCGGGAACGGCAGCCGCAGCCACCUUCCUCCCCAGCCAGCCCACCGCGGGGUUUCAUCCCUUCCUCGGGAGAGCGCCAAAUGCCUGGCCCGACCCAAACCCUGUCCCCAAAUGGCGAGAACAACAACGAUAUCAUCCAGGAUAACGGGACCAUCAUUCCUUUCCGGAAGCACACAGUGCGCGGAGAGCGUUCCUACAGUUGGGGAAUGGCGGUCAAUGUGUACUCUACCUCGAUAACCCAAGAGACUAUGAGCAGACAUGACAUCAUCGCAUGGGUCAAUGACAUAGUGUCUUUAAACUACACGAAAGUGGAACAACUUUGUUCAGGAGCAGCUUACUGCCAGUUCAUGGACAUGCUCUUCCCAGGCUGCAUUAGUCUGAAGAAAGUAAAAUUUCAGGCAAAGCUGGAGCACGAGUAUAUUCACAAUUUCAAACUUCUGCAAGCAUCGUUUAAGCGAAUGAAUGUUGAUAAGGUCAUUCCAGUGGAAAAGUUAGUGAAAGGCCGUUUCCAGGACAACCUGGAUUUCAUUCAGUGGUUUAAAAAAUUCUAUGAUGCUAACUAUGACGGGAAGGAGUAUGAUCCCGUAGAAGCACGACAAGGGCAAGAUGCAAUUCCUCCUCCUGAUCCUGGCGAACAGAUCUUCAACCUGCCAAAAAAGUCUCACCAUGCAAACUCCCCCACAGCAGGCGCAGCGAAAUCAGCUCCCGCAUCUAAACCAGGAUCCACACCUUCUCGUCCCUCAUCAGCCAAAAGGGCAUCGUCCAGCGGUUCAGCAUCCAAAUCGGAUAAAGAUUUAGAAACGCAGGUCAUACAGCUCAAUGAACAGGUACAUUCGUUAAAACUGGCCCUUGAAGGCGUGGAAAAGGAACGGGAUUUCUACUUUGGGAAGUUGAGAGAGAUCGAGCUGCUGUGCCAAGAGCACGGGCAGGAAAACGAUGACCUGGUGCAGCGACUAAUGGACGUCCUCUACGCUUCGGACGAACCCGAGGGUCACCCGGAAGAGCAGGAGGCAGAGGAGCCGGUCCACGAGCAGCCGCCCCCGCAGCAGGAAGAGUACUGAGCCGCGGCGGCAGGCGCUCAGCCCUUGCAUUUCGCGUGGGAACUUUUCUUCUGGAGAAUUGGAACAUGUGUGGCCUCAAGCUCAGCAGAAACCAGUUGUUCCCAUCUGCCGUUAACAUCGACGCGCUGUUGCAUCCGCCAGCCACUGUGCGCGCUCGCUCAGGUCCCAUCUCCUCCGCCAAGACACAUGAGCAGCCGGCCUCUCCGGGGCUCUCUGCCUGCGAGACCACGGGCUCACAUGCCUUCAAGUCCACCACUUGGCUGCUUGAGACUGGUUCUGCUCUUUUUUUUUUUCAUUUCCUUCCAGAACGGCUCUCCCCCACCCCCACCCCACCACGACCACCACCCC